GAGAUGGGGUUUCACCGUGUUAGCCAGGAUGGUCUCAAUCUCCUGACCUCAUGAUCCACCCACCUUGGGCUCUCAAAGUCCUGGAAUUACAGGCAUGAGCCAUUGCACCCGGCCCAAAAGCUUUGUGUUUUUACAGAUAUUAGACAUGUUUCUUGUUUAAGAAAAAAAAUCUUAACAAAAACGUAGGAGAAUAAGAGAAACAUUUUUCCAAAAAAGAGAAAUCAUUGUGAUGAUUUUAUCUUAUUAGAAUGUUGGAUAAUAUAGUCUGCUUCAUUAAUCAUCAAGCAUGCUAUGCAUUUUCUAUUUUUAUAGGAUCUGUAUCUCAGUUAAGGUAAUACUGGUAAUUUUUGCACUGUAAUCAAAGAUGAAAAAUAUAGGCCAAAAUCAUAGACCUUGCAUAGAAGCUGGAUAAUGAAGACAGCUAUGGAGAAAAACAGAUACACACACACGGACACACAUAUAUAUAAAGUAUACACACAUAUAUUUUUUAAAGUUUUAAAGCUUUUAAAGCAAAAGCCGGCCCCUCUUCUCUUCCAGAGUGGGAGGCCUCUCCGCUCUCUUAGAGUGGGUGGGGAGAGCGGUUGCCAUGGGCAGCUUUCCUUGUGAGUCACAGGGCCCUCUGGCCACGCUGCUGUGUGGCCACGCCCCCUUGCCCUUUCAUCUUUCUCAUUGACCAAUGGGCUUGGAGCAUUAAGGCCACGCCCCUAUUCCGCAUUCUACUGGGGCCCUGGUUACGCCUCCUCUGGCUCAGUCACACAGCUGUCUGGUAGGUGACUGGAAGCAUUGAUCGGUGCUUACUGAGAUUUUGCUGCUGUGGCCCCAACCCUUCCUCCCUCCCCAACCCUUCCUCCCUCCCCAACCUGCGAUGGCAGAAGAAACUCAACACAACAAAUUGGCUGCAGCCAAGAAAAAGUUAAAAGAAUACUGGAAGAAAAACAGCCCUAGAGUUCCAGCAGGAGCAAACAGGAACACAAAAACAAAUGGCAGUAUCCCUGAGAUAGCCACUUGUGGUGGUUGCCAGCCACCUGGGGAUUCAGCAACAGGUUUCCACAGGGAAGGCCCUACAUCAUCUGCCACCCUGAAAGAUCUGGAGAGCCCGUGCCAAGAACUAGCAGCAGUCCUGGAUUCAAGGUCCGCAGAAAUCACCCAACUGAAGAACACCAUCAAAUCUUUGAAACAACAGAAGAAACAACAGGAACAUCAGCUGGAAGAAGAAAAGAAAGCAAACAACAAAAAACAGAAAGCCAAAAGGGUGCUAGAGGUUCAAAUCCAGACAUUGAACAUAGAGAAAGAAGAACUACAUACGGACCUGUACCACAUGAAACAUUCUCUCAGAUACUUUGAAGAAAAGUCCAAGGAUCUGGCUGUCCGCCUGCAACGUUCGUUGCAGCGUAAAGGAGAGUUAGAGAGUGUUCUCUCUGAUGUCAUGACCACACAGAAGAAGAAGGCAAACCAGUUUUCCAGCCCCAGUAAAGCUCGUACGGAGUGGAAGUUAGACCAGUCCAUGCGGGAGCAGGAACUACUGAAAGUGCAGCUGACACAGUUGAAGGAGUCAUUUCAACAACUCCAAUUAGAAAGACACGAGUAUGCUGAACAUCUAAAAGGAGAGAGGGCCCGGUGGCAGCAGAGGAUGAGAAAAAUGUCGCAGGAGAUUUGCACAUUAAAGAAACAGAAGCAGCAAGAUAUGCGUCGGGUAGAGGAGCUGGAGAGGAGCUUGUCGAAACUCAAAAAGCAGAUGGCUGAACCCUUGCCCCCAGAGCCCCCAGCAGUGCCCUCUGAGGUGGAGCUGCAGCACCUGAGGGAGGAACUAGAGAGAAUGGCAGGAGAGCUCCAGGCCCAGGUCAAAAACAAUCAGCGCAUAAGUCUCCUGAACCGGGGACAAGAAGAGAGGAUUCGGGAGCAGGAAGAGAGGCUUCGGAAGCAGGAGGAGAGGCUCCAGGAGCAGCACAAGAGCCUUCAGCAGCUGGCCAAGCCACAAAGCGUCUUCGAGGAGCCGGAGCGCCUGGAAGCUGCCAGCCAGCAGAAACAGCAGCUAACAGCCCAGCUGAGCCUCAUGGCUCUCCCUGGGGAAGGGCACGGAGGAGAACAUCUGGACAGUGACGGGGAGGAGGCACCUCAGCCCGUGCCGAGUGUCCCACAGGACCUGGAGAACAGGGAGGCCAUGAGCAGCUUUAUGGACCACCUGGAGGAGAAGGCAGACCUGAGUGAGCUGGUGAAGAAAAAAGAACUUUGCUUCAUCCACCGCUGGCGAGAGAGAUACCAUCAGAAAAUCCAUCACGUUUUAUCAGAACCAGGGGGCCGUGCCAAAGAUGCGGCACUGGGAGGAGGACACCAUCAGGCUGGAGCUCAGGGAGGAGAUGAAGGUGAAGCUGCUGGAGAUGCAGCAGAUGGUAUUGCGGCUUACAGCAACUACAACAAUGGGCACAGAAAAUUCCUGGCCGCUGCCCAGAACCCUGCUGAUGAGCCCGGUCCAGGAGCCCCAGCCCCCCAGGAGCUUGGGGCUGCAGACAAGCAUGGUGAUCUUUCUGAGGUGAGCCUCACCUCCUCUGCCCAAGGAGAGGCCAGGGAGGAUCCUCUCCUUGACAAGCCUACUGCACAGCCGAUCGUGCAGGACCACCAGGAGCACCCAGGCUUGGGCAGCAACUGCUGUGUGCCGUUCUUUUGCUGGGCUUGGCUGCCAAGAAGAAGGAGAUAAACAUCACCAUCCUCAAAAAGCUGCUGAAGAAAUUUUUAAAUAAGAAACCAAGUUAUGGGGUUAAUCUCCUACACAAUUCAUUUACUUCCUUUGAAUGUUAGAGUCACUCAUGAUUAUUUGUGUUUCUAAUUUAUAGUUUAAGUUUAUUUGUAAAAAGUUAAAAGGUCUCUGUGGCUCUCACUGAUGUUCACUCUGGCAUCCUUUAGCAUUUUUCUUUUUUAAUUUCAUAAUUGUAGGUCAUUAGCAUGCAUAUCGAGUUUGCCCUUACGUGGUGGGAGUUCAAACACACAAAGACCCACCCUUUGCCCAAAACUGUUCUCUUUGGUUUGGAAUAGGCUGCCAUGCUUUUUUAAUGUUAUUGCAGCAUGUAUAUUCACUACAGCAUUCAGACAAAAUUUGCCUAUGUUCUGCUGUUGUUUGAUCUAAUCUUAAUCACAGUGAGCUCUUCAUUAGCUCAAUAUGUAGUUUGCCCCCAAGUGUGCACUGUUUAUUACUUUGUAAUAUGCCACCAAGAGUACUGAGAUUUAGAGUUGUUUAAAGGCCAAGAACUGGAAACAGCCUUUCCUCCAUUUUCUGUGUAUUGGUGAUGGGAGUGAUAACCUUUUGGGGGAGCUUUUUAAAUCUCACAGAAGAGGAAAGUGGCCUCCUCUGGCAGGUAUGUGCAGGAUAGAGUGUGUUUCAUCUGUUCCGGUGCCAGGAAUUAGCGGUGUAUUAUGGUGGUGCCCUUAGGAUUUGUAUGUGCUCUGGGCUCAUGAAGAUAUUGCAUCAUGAGCUGCAGCAGUUGUACUCUUUUUCGAUGACCUAAAAAGGGCUUAUUUCUGAGGAAUGAAAGGUUCCCAUCGUUGACUGUGGACGUGGAAAACCUUUCCUAGCUUAGAGCAUUUGUAUCUACAAUACAUUUUAAAGUCAGAGUUCAUGUUACCUGUUUUAAUCACAUGACUACAUGCCCCAGUACACAAAAGGGCACUGGUUGGCAUUCUUCUUAAUGUAUUUAGUGAAGAUCAGAAGAAAUCCUUUACGAGUUCAAAUGUCCCUGGAACAGGCAUACAGGCUCUAGUCAAGAAUGAAUUAGAGUGAAGGAAAGCUGUGUGACACCUGGCAUUCCUCUCUGUUCACGGAGAUUCUUUGAGGCUUGAAGAUUGAUUUUACCAUCUAGACCUCUUUGGCUAAUACCUAUUCUUCAACUACCUUGGUUAUUCUGACAUAGGAAUUUACUUCUUUUUCCUUGAAUGGAAAACACUUUGAAAUAAUAAUAAACACUGUUAUAAACUAAUAUAUGUCAGAGUGCUUAGUUGAAACAAAAAGGAGUUUUAGUAGACAGUAUUAUACUAUCUAUCUUUGAAAAUCAAGGAGAAGUUUAUGCAACUUAAAAUGUGUACAAACUGCAGUGCAAUCUACUGUUUGUGAAUGUCAAUGUAUUAUCAGGAAAUGUGUCUAUACAAUCACAGAGUUAUAUUUUCUCACAAACUUCUUUACAAAGUGAAAUAUGUUUUUGUACCUCUGGGUUUCAGUCAGGGACAUAUUUUGUACAGUAUUUAUGCGAUUGUGCCUAUGCAUGAUGAAUGAAUGCAUUUCAGUCAUAUAUUGCCUAAAUCAUAACUUGAUGAUGCUUGGGAAAGACUCAACAGUUAAAACUUCAUGAAGUUCUAAUGUCUGUGUUCCAAAACACAUCACAUUGUUAGGAUGCAGGGAGAUAGGUGUGUGUGCUCCCUGCGGUGGGGAUUUCUAGUUACUAGAUCAUCUCCAUUUUUAGCAUUUGGCAUCCUCAUGAUACUUCUAUAAAUAUGACAUUAACAGGAGAGCAACAAUACGAUUUUACGGAUGGAAUAACAGAUUUGCUGGCAUUCACUGAAAGAGUGCAAAUAUUCGGUCCUUGUGACUUCAACUGACUCUUCCAAAUUUUAUGAAUGUAUCAAUGUAUUAGAUAAACCCAGUUUCAGAAUGAUAAAGAAAAAAUGUUAGACCAAAUAAUGCGGCUAAUUAACAGUGGUACGAUUUCUAGCCCAUGGGUUUAAAAUGCACUUAAAGUCCUGUUCUCGCCUUUUAUUUUCUGAACUUGCCGCUUUUGCAUUCUUUGAGUUCAGUUUAAAGACAGUUACUUUAAGAGCAUUUUAAACCCUCGGGGUAGAAAUCGGACCACUGUUAAUCAGCCACAUUAUUUGGUCUAACGUUUUUUCUUUUAUCAUUCUGAAACUGGGUUUAUCUAAUACAUUGAUAAAUUAUUUCAAAGGUACUUUUAUCGUUGAAAUCACUUCACUUUUACCCUGAUAAAUAUCAGUGACUAGAAAUGACCUUCGGAUAGCGUUUAGCAUCUGUAACCAAUCUGACAAUAAUGUGUUCAUGAGGUGCCUAUGGAUUAAAUCACACACUGGCAUAUUUAAGCUGAAGGUCAGUCUGGAAAAUGAAUUUACUAUAUUGACUGAAAUACCACUCUUUGUGUAGGCAUUUGGCAUAUAUUUAAGAAAAAGCUAAAAAGAAUGGAAAUUGUAUGACAAUGACUUAAGUCUUUCUUCAAAGUGCAUGCAGUCUUUUGUGAUACCUCAUUCAGCCGAGUAUUUGUGCUCUUCCUCAUUGAGUAUAAGGCAGCUUUCAGUUUGCUUAGAAGACAACAUUGGAAUAUUAGAGUUCAUCAGAAUCAUAGAAUUUUAAAAUCUGAGUCCCACUGAAUACCUUUGAGUUUCUGUAGGAAGAAUCAAAACACCUGUUUAAAGAUUGCCAUAUAUAAUAAUCAUUUUAAAAGUAUUUGAUGAAACCUGAUAGAUUUUCCAGAAAUGAAAAAAAUCAGCUCUAAAACCAAAGCUGAUUUUUAGAAAAUUUGAAAAUGUAAAUCAGCCCUAUCCAUAAUAUAGUUUCUCUAAAACUUUAUCUUAGAGUCAUUUUAAAAUAAUAUAACUAUUAACAAAUGUAACUGCUAUCUUAAUGUUCUGAAAUAAGUUAAAACAUUUUAAAAUAUGAAUACUGUGGUAUAAAAGAAAGAAACAAUGGGAAGGAAAACCAGAGAAAGAAAUGCCAAUUCCAGUCCAAAGCUUUAUUUGCCAAGUUUUCUUAGAAUGAAUUUUACCAGUUUAUGAAUUCUUGUAAACAGAAUGUGUCAUGGAAAUACUGAAAGAUUUUUCCCUAGAGUGGCCUUAUUGACUGCUGGUGUGAUGCCACUGUAAUGUAAUAAAUCAUUAAAUUGUUUCAAAGUGUUGUUUUUGCCUUAAAAUUUUAUUUUGUGUUUCUUGAAAACUAUAGUAUUAAAGGUAUUGAUAUUGUGCAAA